AUGUCGUCAUCAACAGAAGCUGGUAACGCCGUAGCUUUUUCUUAUUUAACAAUACAGUCUUAUCACGAAAAACUUUCCGAGGAAAUCCAUGCGCCUGGCUUUUCCUUAUGUCAUCGAUCUGAGACAAAUGGAUUUAUUUGCAAAGUACGCAGCAUGGUUGUCUUUCCUGCAAUCACUGCAACUUUUUGGCUCAUCGCCUUAGCAACAGUUGAUCGUUGGCUUCUAUCGAGCGCUGAAACAAAUCGACGUCAAAAAAGCACCAUACAAAAUGCUCAACGUGGUACCAUUGUCAUUAUUUGUGCAUCACUUGGACUUUAUAUUCAAAUGCUUUAUUGUUACGAGGCAGAUCAACUAAAUGCUCCGUUGAAAUGCUAUGCUUCUACACAUAUCUGUCGUGUAUUAAGUGAUAUAUCAUUUGCAUUGCUGACUCUGUUCAUUCCUUUGUUAGUUAUGCUUUUGUUCGGAGUGAUGACCAUUUUUAACAUUCGUCAGAGGCACCAUCAAGUUCAUCAUCAUAAUGCAGUUAUCCAACAUCAUAAUGCAGAUAUUCACGAAAUUUAUCGUAAAAGAACCGAUCGACACCUGGUAAUCAUGCUCUUCUUUCAAAUAGCUACUCUGUUUAUACUAUCAAUGCCAUGUCCAAUACAGAGACUUUAUUUAGCAUUUAAAAGUCCUGAUCCGGUUACAGGACGGCAAUAUCCUUUGGAUGCCUUCAUCUUUACUGUUUCUCUUCUUAGUAUGUACUUAGCGAAUGGUCUAUCCUUUUAUAUCUAUACAAUCUGCGGUGGAAGUACUUUUCAAAAAGGUUUAUUUGAUAUCUUUCAUCGAUUUCGACGAAUGAUCGUAGAGAUAUAG